UGCUUGUUUCCACACGGUCUUGUAUUAUUGAACUCCCACGUGUCUUGCGGCUGAAGCGCAUUCAGUCACUGUAAACAUAAUCCCAAAAUUAAAAUUUUAAGACAUGGAUAGACUGCGUGUUUUGGAGUUAUACAGCGGAAUAGGAGGAAUGCAUUAUGCUCUGAAGGAGAGCUCAGUUGAAGCAGAAGUGGUGGGUGCUGUGGAUGUCAACACAACAGCAAAUGAAAUAUACAAGCACAACUUUCCCAAUACCCCACUCUUACCUAAAACUAUUGAGGGAAUGACUUUACAGGAUUUUGACAAAUUGAACUUUGACAUGAUUCUGAUGAGCCCCCCGUGUCAACCAUUUACCAGGAUUGGUUUACAGGGAGACGUUACAGACCCCAGAACAAAGAGUUUUCUCUAUAUCUUGGAUCUUCUGCCAAGGCUCAGCAAGCGUCCACAGUUUGUUCUUCUGGAGAAUGUGAAGGGCUUUGAGACCUCUGCUGCAAGGGAUGCUUUGCUUAACACUUUGAGGCAGUGUGAUUACAGCUUUCAGGAGUUUUUGAUCACACCAACACAUCUCGGGAUACCAAACUCCAGGCUUAGAUAUUUUCUCAUUGCUAAGAGAAAACCAGCCUCCUUCUCAUUUCAAACUUCAGAACAGAUUAUGGAAGGUUUCCCCAAACCACUCUCCAGUGAAUCGGCAAACACUUUACACAAUCAUCCUACACCGUCUGAGAGUAAAAGCUCUGGGCCAAUCAUAUUUAAGCUGGAGACGGCACAAGAGUUGGAACGCAAGAGGAACCAGGACAGCCAGGAGACGGUCCGGAGGCUGCAGGACUUCCUGCAUGAGGAAGAGGACAUGGAUCGAUAUCUUCUGCCGCCCAAAACCUUGCUGAGAUACGCUGUACUGAUGGAUAUAGUUCAGCCCAGUAGCAGAAGAUCAGUGUGCUUUACUAAAGGUUACGGUCACUAUGUGGAGGGGACGGGUUCGGUCCUGCAGUCCUGCGUGGAUGUGGAGUUAGAAAGCGUGUUCAAGAGUCUGGAGCUGCUUUCUGAAGAUGAUAAAAUAAAGCAGCUUCUCCGAUUAAAGCUGAGAUACUUCACACCCAGAGAGAUCGCAAACCUCAUGGGCUUUCCUGCAGAUUUCACCUUUCCCGAGCACAUUUCUGUAAAGCAGCAGUACCGUGUACUGGGCAACAGCCUGAACGUCCAUGUGGUUUCAAAACUCAUCCGACUCAUGGUAUCAUUAGAAACAUUUUAAGAUCAAACAGUGGAGGAAAUGAAACCGAGCCGUAAUGCCAUGUGGAAAGAAACUUGAAACAAGGGACAUUUUAUACGUAUAUGUAAAUAUAUAUCGUGGUUGUACAUAUAUUUGAAAAAGUUGUUUUUGUAUGACACUAUUUAUUAAUAAUGACAUUAAAUACAGUACAAUUACAGCAGAA